GUUCAUCACCCCCUUAGUCCAGCAAUUCAACAAAUCUUUACAAGAUUCCUUCUUCAAAUCAAUUCCCAAAAUUAUAUUGAAUUAUUUGAUUUGAAUUUUCGAUUUUUUGCUAGGGUUUUUGUUUUGGUUUUUCUUUAGUAAAAAUGGCGAAGGGGAGGGGAAUCCGGCAUCAAGGGAAGAGAUCCUCUACGGUGGCGUUGGUGCUAUCAAUGCUGUUAAUGUUGACGAUAGUGCUAUUAAUGCUUCUGGCUUUAGGGAUCUUUUCUCUCCCCAUCGGCUCCGACGAAGAUUCGUCCAUCGGCGAUCGCAUCAAACUGAAGCGCUUGAACUUGGACAUAAGUGCUGAAGGGGAGGGAUUGGGAAAAAGGGGCGAGCAGUGGACGGAGAUUUUAUCGUGGGAGCCCAGGGCUUUUGUCUACCACAAUUUCUUGUCCAAAGAAGAAUGUGAGUAUUUGAUUAAUCAUGCCAAGCCUCACAUGGAAAAGUCAACCGUUGUAGAUAGCAAAACUGGGAAGAGUAAGGAUAGCAGGGUUCGCACAAGUUCUGGAAUGUUUUUGAGGAGGGGACGAGAUAAAGUGAUCAGAGCUAUUGAAAAAAGAAUAGCAGACUAUACGUUUAUUCCUGUAGAGCAUGGAGAGGGUCUGCAAGUUCUGCACUAUGAAGAAGGGCAAAAAUACGAACCUCAUUUUGAUUACUUUCUUGAUGAAUUCAACACUAAAAAUGGGGGCCAACGCAUAGCUACGGUUCUAAUGUAUUUGUCAGAUGUUGAAGAAGGGGGUGAGACAGUUUUUCCUGCUGCGAAGGGAAAUUUUAGCUCGGUGCCAGGGUGGAAUGAAAUGUCGGAAUGUGCUAAAAGAGGUCUUUCAGUUAAACCAAAAAUGGGUGAUGCGUUGCUUUUCUGGAGCAUGAGACCUGAUGCCUCUUUAGAUCCAUCAAGCUUGCAUGGAGGUUGCCCAGUUAUCAAAGGGAAUAAGUGGUCAUCCACCAAGUGGAUACAUGUUGGCGAAUACAAGAUCUAGCAAAUUUGUAAGGUUUCUAAUAUAUGGACGGUGCUUUCUCAAACAAUACUGAUCCUACAGCUGAUGCUUCUUAAAUUUUGACAGGCUUUUGUAUCUUUCUACUAUAGUACUAAGGUAGGAAAUAUUGCCUCUUACCUGAAGAAAUAAGAGGGUUACAUUAUCAAGAAUAUUAUAUUAUGAGAGAAAAAGUGAAUGAGUUUUCAGCUAAAGAAAGAUGUCCUGUGUACUUCGUACUUCUACCUUGUCUCUGUAUAUUGUUGUGUUCUAAAUGUUGGAAAUUUACUGACAAAUUCAAUUA